AUGACGGGGCUGAAUAAGUGCUUGUUUCUGAUGAGUGUUGUGUCAAGUGUCGUUUGUUUUCCCUACCCCAUUUCCCAACCAGGACCUGGCUACCAGAACCCCCAGUAUCUCAGCGCUCAAGCGUUGCCCCAGCUAACCUACAAACAGCCCCAAGCUGCUGGAUACAGGGAACAACCUCAGGCUGCUGUGUAUAGAGAACAACCUCAGGCUGCUGUGUAUAGGGAACAACCUCAGGCAGCUGUGUAUAGAGAGCAACCUCAGGCUCCCGUGUAUUCGAAGCAGCCUCAGUAUGUUAAACCUGUUGCACAGCCUGUGUAUGAACCAAGCGGAGGACUUCAAAAUUUCGCUUCCCAAGGCCACAGUCAGAUUCAGAAACCUCAAUCCGUAGCUCAAGCCUACCUCAAUCAAAUCACUCCAUCUCAUCUAGCAUCGCAAGCUCAAGAAGCCUUCUCGUCAGCUGCUAGAAAAGCCCCCACUCAGGCAUCUCAGCCACAGCAAGCCUAUCAAUCCCAGCCUGCGUACCAACCUCAGCAGUCCUACCAACCUGUUGCUGUUCAACUACAGUACCGUCAGCCACAGGCUAAUCCCCAAUAUUUGAGGGAGCAACCACAACAAAUCAGGUACGUGCCGAGACCUGUAAAGCAGUACAGGGUUCAGCAACCUGCACAGCAUCCAAAGACCUUUUUCAUCCUGUUUCAGCCCAACCCGUCGUAUCAGUUCGGCUUCGACGUGAAGGAUGAUUUGUACACGAACUAUCAGAAUAGAAAAGAGCAGAGGGAAGGCGACAAAAUUACAGGAAGCUAUUCCGUGGUAACAAGACAACCAACAGAUAUCGUGGUGAAGAUUCCAAAACAUGAACCGCAAUUCCAAACUCCAUCAAGGCAGCAGUAUAUCCAGGUGAAGUAG